AUGCCGUUCCGUUCUAUAGCUGAACCACGAACUAUUGACCUUACGAAAAACAUGUCGAAUUUCAGAUCUGAAAAUUCGUCUUCAUCAGUAAGCAGUGAAAGAAUAGCAGUUAUUCGGAAAGAUCACAAUGUUAAGGUUGUCAUUCGAAUACGUCCUCUUAGUAAUUCUGAAAUAUCAAUCGAAGGCCUAAACAAAUGUGUUAGGAAGGAUAAUACUCAUACAAUUACUUGGACAGGGCACCCAGAUUCUCGUUAUACAUUUGAUCUUGUUGCAGAUGAGAAUGUCACCCAGGAAAAUCUGUUCAAUGUGGCUGGAUUGCCAAUGGUUGAGAAUUGUCUAGGAGGUUACAACAGUUGCAUCUUUGCAUAUGGACAAACUGGGAGUGGGAAGACAUAUACAAUGAUGGGAGACAUUGAUGGAGGAGUCCAAGGUAUGACACCGAGAGUUUUUGAGCACUUGUUCACAAGAAUCCAAAAGGAUGAAGAGGCUCGCAAAGAUGAAAAGUUGAUAUUUACUUGCAAGUGCUCAUAUUUGCAGAUAUACAAAGAGCAGAUUUUAGAUCUUUUAGACCCAUCAACAACUAAUUUACAUAUUAGAGAACAUUGUAAGAAAGGUGUUUAUGUGGAGAAUCUGAAGGAGAUGGAAGUUACUUGUGCACGGGAUGUUAUUCAACUCCUCGCUAAGCGAACAAAUAACAGAAAGGUGGCUCCCACAGAGAUGAACGAUAAAAAUAGUCGUUCUCAUAGUGUUUUCACAUGUAUAAUUGAGAGUAAGUGGGAGGUUCAAGGUGUUACUCACCAUCGAUUUGCACGGCUUAAUCUUGUGGAUUUGGCUGGUUCAAAGAGGCAAAAGAGAUCUGGUGCUCAAGGUGAACGCCUAAAAGAAACCUCAAAUAUCAACAAGUCGCUUUCGACCUUGGGUAAAGUAAUUAUGAAUCUAGUAAGCAUCUCUCGUGGAAAGUCAGUUCACGUCAACUACCGUGAUUCGAGGCUCACAUAUUUGAUUCAGGACUCACUUGAUGGGAAUUUAAAAACAACAAUGAUUGCUAAUAUAAGUCCUGCUAAUUGUAACUCACUGGAGACUCGGGACACUCUGAAAUUUGCACAACGUGCUAAAUUUAUCAAGAACAAUGUAUGUGUGAUUCGCUUUUCCGCUUAUAAAAUGAUUCAUUAUAUCCAGAUUCAACAACUCAAGAAAGAGGUGCACCAACUUCGGGGUUUGGUUAUAGGAGGAAUUGAGAACCAGGAAGUUGAUUUUCCUAGUCUCUCCUUUUCCGGGUCUCCAGGCUCCUUUAAGUGGGAAGGAUUGCAGGGACCAUUUAGUCCACUAACGUGUGAUAGAAAGAAGCCCGAUAAUAAGGAGUUUGAAGCUGCUCUGGUUGGGGCCUUCAGGAGGGAAAAGGAGAAACAAAUAGCAAUGCAGUCACUGGCUGCUGAAAAUCAGGCAGCAAUGCAAUUGGUCAAACGAAGUGAAGACAAGAUACAUAAUCUGGAAAUGCUGCUUCAGUCUCGUGAGGCCGGAAUCAAAAGGUUGGAGGCAGUUGCAUCUGGGAAGAUGUUAGCUGAGGUGCAUUUCUUACUGGAAAAGGAGGAAAACCUGAGAGAGAUAGAGGUUCUCUGUCACCAGGUGGAUAGUAACCUUGAAACGACCAGAUUUGAGAUGGAAAAUCUACAUUUGAAAGAAGAAAUCCGAAGAUUACGGGUUUUUUCUAAGGAGGGAGAGCGCGAGAUGAUGAGUGAAGAAAUAAUGAUACUACACAGUAAGUUGCUAGAAGCAUUAGAUUGGAAGCGUAUGCAUGAAUCUGAAUCUUCGAUGGAUCAGAGCAAAGUUGAAACACUUCAGAAGAAACUAGAUUCAUGCCUUGAAGUCCUAGAGAAUUAUUUCCUUCGUAUUCAGAUUGAUGAUUUAGUAGGAGUCCUAGAGACUGAAAAAAGAAGAGCUAGUAAUAUGGGGGAAGAAGCUAGAAAAAAUCAGAUGGAGCUUAAAACCAUGGUUGACGCAAUAUCAGCUGCAAGUGAUCGAGAAGCUAAAGCUUAUGAAAUGGCAAGUACCCUGGCGAAGGAGAAUGAAGAACUUCGUAUCCAGGUUGAUGAACAAGUUAACAGGGCUGAGAAAACUGAAGAUAACACGAUUGACCUUGCUUCUCAACCUGAGGAAGAAAUAGAUUCAGGAUCAACUCCAACUACAAGAAUCUACCUUGAAUGGAAAUCAUAUGAGAUUAAAUUGUUGAAGACGCGUGAUAAAAACUUUGUGAAGGAUGGAAAGAUACAGUGGCAAAAGAUUUUGGCGAUGGGGGGUUCCAGUUGUUUCUUCUACAAAAUUUAUAACUCUGUUUACUGCAGCUGGCUACUUCUGAUGCUAUUUCAUACUACUGCUGGGCUUGUUGCUGCACCUCUACCUGUAACGUUUGAGAGGGGUGUAUUAGGAUAG